CAUCCCCGGGCUGCGCCCCACGCCGGCAGCCAGCCCGCGGGCGCACGGUGUCCGGGCCGGACUGAGCCGCCCUGCGCUCCACCCGCACCGCGGGGACAGGCUCCGUGGAUCCUCCGAAGUCUGCCUUCUCCCUCCCCGCCCCUUCCCGCGCCGCCUCCGCCUCCUGCCUCCGCCUCCGCCCUCGCCCCAUCCUGUCGGUGAGUCGGUGAGCAGCGAGGUUCGGGCUGCGCUCAGUCUCCGGGCUCUGGGUGUGUGCGCGGGACCCGAGAUGGACAGCCGCUACACCAGCACUGCGGGCAUCGGGGACUUGAACCAGCUGAGCGCAGCCAUCCCCGCCACGCGCGUGGAAGUGUCGGUGUCCUGCAGGAAUCUUCUUGACAGAGACACAUUUUCUAAAUCUGACCCAAUUUGUGUCUUAUAUGUACAAGCAGUUGGAAAUAAAGAAUGGAGAGAGUUUGGAAGAACUGAAGUGAUUGAUAAUACCUUAAAUCCUGAUUUUGUAAGGAAAUUUAUCCUGGACUAUUUUUUUGAAGAAAGAGAGAAUCUUCGUUUUGACUUAUAUGAUGUUGAUUCAAAGAGUCCCAAUUUGUCCAAACAUGACUUUCUGGGACAAGUGUUUUGUACAUUGGGGGAGAUUGUUGGUUCGCAGGGAAGUCGCCUGGAAAAGCCCAUAGUAGGAAUCCCAGGCAGGAAAUGCGGCACAAUUAUACUCACAGCGGAGGAGUUAAACUGCUGCAGGGAUGCUGUCUUGAUGCAGUUCUGUGCAAACAAGUUAGACAAGAAGGAUUUCUUCGGAAAGUCCGAUCCUUUUCUUGUAUUUUAUCGAAGUAAUGAAGAUGGAAGUUUUACAAUUUGUCAUAAAACGGAAGUUGUCAAAAACACUCUAAAUCCUGUGUGGCAAGCAUUCAAGAUCUCAGUGAGAGCACUGUGCAAUGGAGAUUAUGACAGAACGAUCAAAGUAGCGGUGUACGACUGGGAUAGGGAUGGAAGUCAUGACUUCAUUGGGGAAUUUACAACAAGCUAUAGGGAGCUUUCUAGAGGACAGUCACAGUUCAACGUAUAUGAGGUGGUGAAUCCCAAAAAGAAAGGAAAAAAGAAAAAAUAUACUAACUCCGGAACAGUAACUUUACUCUCUUUCUUGGUGGAAACAGAAGUGUCAUUCCUGGACUACAUCAAAGGAGGAACGCAGAUCAACUUCACAGUGGCCAUUGAUUUCACAGCGUCAAACGGUAACCCUGCCCAGCCCACCUCCCUGCACUACAUGAACCCUUACCAGCUGAAUGCCUAUGGGAUGGCGCUGAAGGCCGUGGGAGAAAUCGUGCAAGACUACGACAGUGAUAAGAUGUUCCCCGCCCUGGGCUUCGGGGCAAAGCUGCCUCCGGAUGGAAGGGUGUCUCAUGAGUUUGCUUUGAAACUAAUAAUUCCUUCCUGUUUUUUGCCUGUAACUUUUCAUGAGAACGGCAAUCCUCAGAAUCCCUACUGUGAUGGUAUUGAAGGGGUCAUGGAAGCUUAUUACCGAAGUCUGAAAUCUGUGCAGCUAUACGGACCCACUAACUUUGCUCCUGUGAUAAAUCAUGUAGCGAGAUACGCCUCUUCUGUGAAGGAUGGCUCCCAGUAUUUUGUGCUCCUGAUUGUGACAGAUGGGGUGAUCUCAGACAUGGCUCAAACCAAAGAAUCCAUAGUCAACGCCUCAACACUUCCAAUGUCGAUAAUUAUAGUAGGUGUUGGACCAGCAGAAUUUGAUGCAAUGGUCGAAUUGGAUGGAGAUGAUGUAAGAGUCUCCUCCAGAGGAAAGUAUGCAGAAAGGGACAUUGUGCAGUUUGUUCCUUUCAGGGAUUAUAUAGACAGAAGUGGAAACCACAUCCUGAGCAUGGCCAGGCUGGCCAAGGACGUCCUAGCUGAGAUCCCUGAGCAGUUUCUCUCCUACAUGAGGGCCAGAGGAAUCAAGCCAUCGCCUGCACCACCACCGUACACCCCGCCUACACACGUGCUGCAAACACAAAUAUGACUGCUCUCAGAUGCUGGCGCUCACCACACAUCUGUCAGCACUGCUGAGCCAUCCUUUGCGCCUGGUGCUUGGCCGUGAAGCAGGGAAUGAGAUACUUUCCUUGUUUGGUUUCAGCAGUACUCAAUAAUGUGCUUUCUUGGAUCCAAAAUUAAUUCUCUUCCUAAACCAAAACUGUAAAUAUCGUUGUUGCAUGAGCAACAGGAAAAUUGUUUAAAUGCUUGAAGCGAAGUACAGAUGUCUCCUCUAAUUUUCAAAUAUUUCGAUUUUGUUUUUGACUGAAUAGCUACUUUCCAAUGUAGUAUUGGGGAAAAGCACAAGCUGUUUUUAACACAAAUAUUGUCCUUGGCUGCUAUGUAUCUAGGACAGCCGUCCCUGUAUCAAUGUUUACAUGUUACUACUUUUUAAAUUUCAAUACUUUUAUAACUGUUCUUAAAAGUAAGUUUUGAAUAUUGAAUCCUUUGUCUCCUAAAUUGCAACAGCUAUAACCACAAGAGCAAUAUCUCUUUGAAUGAGUGUCUGGACAAAUACAUUUGUGAAUAAAGAGAGAUGCACAUACGCUUCUUAGCAACUGAGUGAUCUUAUGAAGCCACAUCUACUUAGUGGCCCGGAUCGCUGCAGGGUUGGCUGACUGUGGAAGUUUAAGCUUAACAGAUGUGUACCCUGUAAGAAUAUGCAUUUUUCAUGGACUUUGGGUUCUAAGUUUAGACUGCAGUCUGUCUGUGUUUUGUAAUGCUAACUAGAAGCAAGGAAAAUUCAAACACUGAAAACUGCAAAUGGAAGGAAUAGAUGUUGUAUAAACUAGUAUCCUUGUAAUGCUAUUAGAAGACAAAAACCAAGAAUAUUUAACUCUGACCAUGUAGCAGAUCUUUUAAACUUUUUAUUCCAUUACAUCCUGCCUAGAUAUUUUAAUUCAAAGGGAUACUGGCUCUUUUGAUUGGAAUUUCUUGUUAGCACCACUCCACUUUGCCGCGCAAGGUGCACAGGCUCGAGUCUUUUGUGAAGUUCCCAGUUCAGUAUAUACAACCAUGUGACUUAGCGCACAACACAUUUGUGAUAUAAGCCAUUCCUAUAUCCCAACCUGCCUGUUCCCAUGAGUUAUAAACAGUUUUUGCAUGUACAGUUUUUACAAGAAUUACAGUUUUGUGAAGUUGUGUCUAAAUUUCUUUAGAACAAAUGGCCUUAAAUUCUCACAGAAUUCCUGGAAAUGAUUGUGAAUUGCCUUCAAAAUACAGAAAAGUGUAUCUAUUUAUUUUUCUUUUUGUGUUAACAGUGUAAAACUGCUUUCUAAUAUUCCCCUUGCCUAUUUACUACUUGGUUAAUUCUUACUCUGUUCUUCUCUUGUCACAACUUGAUCUAGGAUGACUUUUAUAAGCAUGAAGUUA